AUGGCGGGGCUUUUCCGGAAAGUUUACGACUGGUUGUUGAGAACGUUUUGGGCGACCGAGAUGGACGUGACGAUGAUCGGUCUGCAGAACGCGGGCAAGACAUCUCUACUCCGAGUCCUCGCAGGCGGCGAGUUCACGAUCGACUCGAUCCCGACGGUCGGAUUCAACAUGAAGCGGGUGCAACGAGGGCACGUUACACUGAAGUGUUGGGACAUUGGCGGCCAGCCCAGGUUCCGAACAAUGUGGGAGAGAUACUGCCGUGGCGUCAACGCCAUCGUCUUCAUCGUCGACAUCGCCGAUGUAGAUUUGUUGCAGCAGGCCCGCGAAGAACUCCAUGCACUAAUGGGCCAAGCUUCUUUAAGAGAGAUCCCACUUCUCGUAUUAGGAAACAAGUCGGACCUUCCGCAAAAGUUAUCAGUCGAUGAGCUGAUUGAUGCGCUUGAUCUCAAAUCCAUAGGCCACCGCGAGGUCUGUUGCUAUGGCAUCAGCGCCAAGGAAGAGACGAACCUGGACGCCGUCCUCCAGUGGCUCAUGAAGUGGGCGAAUAGAUGA